UCAUGCGGACGGACAUAAUGGAAACGGAAAAUGGAAACGGAAAAGGCUUGGAUGGAGUAGACUAUGGAAAGAAAGACCAGAGGGGAGAAGAGGCUGGAGAGAAAGAGAAUAAAUAUGAUAAAGAACUGACCGUGAGUGUUGAACUGAUCGGGGAAGAUCCAAUAACGGUGAUGGAGUUCAUGAGAGUGACGAAAGAGGUGUGUGGGGAGUUGAUGGCGUGCCGUAAAACAGGAUUGAAAAAGUAUGAAUUGACAAUGGGACAUCUCAGCGGGAAAAUGAAACUUAUGGACGGGUUCAAAAUAAGAGGGGUUAGUAUAAUUGCAAAAGAGCUUACCAGUGACGAAACGGUGGUGUCGUUCUUGGAGCUUCCGGCUUACACCACGGACAAUGACGUUAUUCUGAAGCUACAGGGGUGGGGGGUCUCAGUUGCCUCACCGAUCAAAAGAAGAAUGUGGCCUGGCACUAACAUUGCAGACGGGACCAGGUUUCUGAAAGUGAAGUUUAAUGACUUGGUCAGGUCGUUGCCGUAUUCUACGAAGUUCAGCACAGCUACGGGUCCCCAGUACUUCCGGGUGAUCCACGACAGACAGGAGAAGGUAUGUAGGAUGUGUAUCCAACCGGGGCAAAUUCUGAGGGACUGUCCGGAGUUCAGAUGCCACAGGUGCCAUGGACAGGGGCAGUAUGCAAGAGAGUGUGGCACAGACGGAGAACAGAGGCAACAAGGAGGAGAAGGCGGGAGCCGGGAGACGGACGUCGGCGAGGAGGAGGAGCGACCGAGAGGAGAGGGAGGAGAAGGCGGUAGCGGAGCUGAGGCGACUGAAGCAGAAGGAAGUGGCGUUGGAGUCAGCGGGGAAGGAGAGAAGAUGGACGAGGAGCAGGAAGGAAUGGCAGAGGACGUGACGGCAGCGGAAGAGUUAACGGAGACGGGAGGAGAGAAGGAAAGGGAGGAGAACGGCUGCAGCGCGGACAGUGCGGUGAGGGGGACGGACGAGCGAGAGGAGCGGAGCAGCGCGGAUGGCAGAGGAACAGUGGCAUCACAGAGCCUCGUGAUGGAUGAGCCGGUACUGGACCUGAGGCCGGUCUGGCGGAGGGAGGGAUGUUGGCAGCGCAGGAGCCUCCGGGAACGGUGCGUCCGACAGCACUUUCAGGUAAGAAGGACGUCUCAGAGCUGAUCCAAAGAUACAGGAAGGACGGGCCCUGACCUCUGACCUCCCAUCUGGAGCCUCAUGUGACCCGGCCAGAGGACGGGCUCUGACCUCUGACCUCCCACCUGGAGCCCCGUGUGACCCGACCAGAGGACGGGCUCUGACCUCUGACCUCCCACCUGGAGCCCCAUGUGACCCGGCCAGAGGACUCCCCCAUUUAUUACAUUGGAGGCUUCUGUUAUGUGGAAGGAUGGUAUGAACGUGUGAAUGGGUUUACUAUGUUUUACUAUGUUUACUAUAUUUAUAUAUAUACUAUAUUUAUAUAACUAUUUAUUUAUUUAUUCAUUUUAUCUAUUUUGCACUUAUCUGCCAGCACUUAUCUUUACCCUAUGUGUUUUUAAUACUUCUUGCAUGCCCUUCCCAUGUUUUUAUAUAUAUACAGUAUACAUAUGUAUAUAUUGUGGCAGACGCCAGGGAGGAGUGAGGGGAGUGGUAGGUCUGGCAACCUGCUGGCUCCACCCCCAAGCCAUAUAUGGACUUUCUCACAUUAACGAGGCGAGCCUGGGGAUCGUUAAGCAGGGGUGCUUGGUGCUUAAAAGAGCUAGCAAACGACAGACCGGGGAGGUUGGAGUUGGAAGAGGAGCUAGGACUAUAAGAGGACAGGCAGGAUCUGUGUGAUCGCCUGGCAGUGUGGUACGCCCUGAGAGAGAGAGACAGGUGGAAGGUGUUGGACGGACAUUGAACUGGAGCAUAAAGGACGUGGAUGACCCUUUUCCCACCCUGGUUUUCAUUUACUCGGUAAAUAAACCGUUCUGCGUUUGAACUACUCUGUGUGUUGUGACAUUUUAUCUAUCCGACUUGGUAGCGUGGAAACCCCACACCCACUGGCCCGCUACAAUAUGUAUAUGUGUACAUUUUUACAUUAAAGGGGUUCCUGCAUUAUUCACCCAUGAAUUCUGAUUCAGAUUGCAGUGUGCUCCUCUUUAUUCAUAUAUUUUGUGUUUAUGCACAUAAUUCACUUUCUAUGAGAGGAUGUGUAUGGAUGGGCCCUGCCUGGAUUCCCCUGGGGGUCAGAAAAGGGAAUAGAACAGAAAGUCGACUUACCUUUGCUCCGCGCCUCCUCAGACCCAAGCUGCUGCUCCUACAAUACGAUACAAGACGGUAUUAAAUGAAACUGAUAACAGGGGAUCUGAAAAUAUAACUUCAGUUCUGAUGAACACUAUUACAAUAUUACUAUCACUGAUGAAUACUGUUAUAAUAUUACUAUCACUAAUGUAUACUGUUAUCACUAAUGAAUACUGUUAUAAUAUUACUAUUGUCAAGUUCUCUCCUUUUUUGUGCGUUCUCCACUUGAAG